AUGCCAAAUGUUGAAUCACAGGAUGAUCGUGAUUCUGAACCGAACUCUGAGGCAAACCCUAGUGAACCUGAUACUGAGAAGGAAGAUGAUACUGAGGUUGCUAGUCAGGAAUCUUCAAGUGAGAAGACUCCCUCUGUUGAAAUUCCCCAUGAGAAAACCCCUGAACCCUUGUCCAAGAAGGGUAAGAAACAAGUGUAUGUUGCCUCUGAAGAAGAAGACUCUGAUGAUCAAGAAGUGCACAAGAAAGUCAUUGCCUCUGCUAGUAAGAAGGCCACAGUUUCUACAAGCAAGAAUGUGGUCUCAGUUCCUGAGAAGAAGACAAAGAAGGACAAGAAAUAUGAGAAGAUUGCUGCAUCCACUGGAAAGAAGAGGAAAUAUGUUGCUGAAACUGACUCUGAGCCAGAUGUCGAGCCAGAUGUUCCUGACAUCACCACUACUGUAAGACCCAAGUUUUUCAGUUUGAUGAAGACUGUAAAGGACAUUGGCAGAUGUUUCUCUCAAUUGGUUAGGAAAUUCAUUGUGAAUAUCUCUACUGACUGUGAUGAUGAGAGUAGUCCCGAGUUCAGGAAGGUCUAUGUCAGAGGAAAGUGUGUUAAUUUCUCUUCUGAAGUUGUUAAUGAGUUUUUGGGAAGAAGUCUGGUUGCUGGAACUAAUGAAGAACCUGAUUUAAAUAGGGUUGCUAAGACCCUUACUGGCAAGAUGAUUGGGUGUGCAAAUUGGAUGGCCACCAAUCACCUAUCUGGUGUAACUCCUCCCCUUGCAAGAAUGCUCUAUCUAAUUGGCACUGGUGGUCAGUUUGAUUUUGGCAAACUGGGUUCUGCCAGUACCAGUGCUACUCAGGCAGGUGGUGCAAGCAAAGAUGAUAUUUUGGCUGAAUUGAGGGCUGUCUCCAAAUCCUUAGAUGCCACUAUUCAGGCUUGCAAGAUUACGAAGCGGAAUGUGGACAAGCUCAUCAAAGCCAUGACACAGGUUCCUGCUGCUGGUGCUGAGGAAGGUAAUAUUGAAGAAUCUACUGAGAAUGUUGAGGAUGACAAUGCUGGUGUUGAGGAAGAAGAGGCUCAGUAUGAAAAUGCUGGAGAGGAUGAUGAUGAGUCUAACAGGGAAAUUGAGGAGUCUACUGUAGAAGAGAAGGAGGAUGUAACUGGAUCCACCAGUUCUAGCCCUUGUAGCACCUUUCUUUAG